AUGUCAGUGAUUACCGCGUUCUACGCCCAAGGCAUAGAAUUUCGGCAAGCUCUCUUGAAUUCCUUCCAGAACUCCGAAAGCUUAUACGAUCGAAUAAGAUGGUUCGACGAAGAGGAAAAUGCAAGACUCAAGAGCAGUCGCGCGCUUUUCUCCCCACUCGACCCGAUAACAAUGACGGUCGAUACAAACGACUCAAUGUUAACAAGUGCAGUCCAAGAACAAGAUUUGAAUCCGGCGCCUUCGCGAGAAGCUAGUUCAGGAACCUGCAUCUCCUCCCAACACUUCAAAGCUAUUGACGACCAAAAUUCGAAGAUUCACCUCCAGGAAAGACGAGCAUCGAAAGGUGGGAGGCUUCAUCGAACCGGUCUACCACAGCUAACUAUGUACACAAAUCUUCCCUACACGGACGGUGGAAAACAGGGAAUGAACCAGAAACCAGGACCUCAGCGUACUGAUAGCUACGACCGGAGAAGACUCGUGCAGUUCAUCGAGAACAGCUCCAAUCCACAGGAUGAUAGGUCUCCUACUAUCGAUUUUGAGUUUCCUUCCCAAGAAGCACAAGCAGGAAGGCAGCAAAUAACGCUACCCGAAAAACUUUCAGACAGUGCCAUACGCCGGGAGAAGGGAAGAACGAGAACAACAGAUGAUAGUGAUAAGGUGGGCAUUCAGAGUAAAGAGCAAGGGCAAGGACUUAGAAAGCCGACUGGAAGGUAUGAGUUGAAAGGUCAAGUGAACGAGGAGAAAAGAGCAAAAACUGAAGCAGAUGAAGAAGAAUUAGGCGGCAGUUACGAAGAUGACAACGAGACCGUUAGCGCGGGUCUGGACCUAGAGCGAGAAAAAGAGUUGAAGAGAUCUGGCACAACAGCAAUUGGUGAAUCCAUUGACCUAGAUGGACAUUCAAGCAACUAUCAAUCCAAUAAGCGAGCUCAUCAAGAUACUGUUACUGAGAGCCCUCUGUUGAACCGGUCUAAACUGACAGUCAACGUAGACAUGGAGUCUUCAACGUCAAAUACUACCACUACAAGCACGGAAAUCUCCCAAUCUAGUGAGUCCUGUUGGCGCAACGAUGACAUGAAAAGAAAAGCCGAGACCGGCCGCUCCCCGGAAGUUAGCGCUCAUAAGGUGUGGAAGCGUCCCUCUGCGAAAUAUAAUUCUGGACUUCGACGCAGCCAAAGGGGACAAGACAGGCCCCUUCGUAGUACGGACGAUCUCAAGCAAUCCGCACGGGAAGGGCUCCGCUACAAAGGCUGCAGAUGCCCUGUCCACCAGGGGAUGUACGAAGACUGGCCAGCAUACGAUGCCGAGCUGACCAUCGCACCAUGCAUGAAGACAUCCGUGUACUGUGGCAACAUUUUUCGAUCGGCGUCCGAACUACGCAGGCACCUGAGAGGACACAGAUAUGCUAGAAAGAAUCUAAGGGUACAUCUGGAAGAUCCGGGCAAACUGAAUUCGACUACUCCAAGCUGGACCCCUCGGCUUAAGAUUAUCGAACCCAAUCCAUCUCAAAGAGAGUGUCCAGACCAACCAUCCAAACCCCGCACGACCAGGAGACAGGCUAAUAAAGCGAACGCCAAAAUGGCACCAUGUCCAUGGUGA